AUGGCGUUCGCGGGACUUAAAAAGCAAAUUAACAAAGCUAAUCAAUAUAUGACGGAGAAGAUGGGCGGGGCUGAAGGAACAAAGCUUGAUGUAGAUUUUGUUGAUAUGGAAAGAAAAACAGAUGUAACUUGUGAACUUGUUGAAGAACUACAAAUGAAAACAAAAGAAUUUUUGCAACCGAAUCCAACUGCAAGAGCUAAAAUGGCAGCAGUAAAAGGAAUAAGUAAGCUAAGCGGUCAAGCUAAAGCUUCGACUUAUCCACAACCUGAAGGUGUUCUUGGUGAUUGCAUGCUACUUUACGGCAAAAAAAUGGGCGAAGAUAGUAUUUUUGCUCAAGCUUUGAUAGAGAUGGGAGAAGCGAUGAAACAAAUGGCUGACGUAAAAUACUCUCUUGAUGAUAACAUAAAACAAAACUUUUUAGAACCUCUGCACCAUCUGCAGACCAAAGAUUUGAAGGAAGUUAUGCAUCAUCGAAAGAAACUUCAAGGACGUCGGUUAGAUUUUGAUUGUAAGCGUCGACGGCAAGCAAAGGGUUCUCAUGUUUCAGACGACGAGAUUCGUCAAGCUGAAGAGAAAUUUGCCGAAAGUCUUCAUUUGGCCCAGAUGGGGAUGUUCAAUCUAUUGGAAAAUGAUGUUGAGCAAGUGGCCCAGUUAGCUACUUUCAGUGAGGGUUUACUCGAAUACCACCAACAGUGCAUUGAAAUACUUAAAGUUCUAACCGAAACGCUAUUAGAAAAGAAAGACGAGGCAGCCAAUCGACCAAAACUGGAAUUUGUUCCCAAAACAUUAGCAGAUCUAAAUGUGGAAGGAUUGUCCUUGGGAGACGGAAUGAACGGUGGGAACUUCUUUCUUCACGGAGCAAGUCGAGCUGGGUCUCCGGUUCACGGGGACGGGAAGCGCUCUCAGCUCGAGCUAUUUCCGGCCGGAAACCCACCGCAAUCUACCAAUGCGUCUCCAUUGCCAUCUCCUAGUAAAUCACCAGCAAGAACGCCAAUGCCUAAACAGCCUUGUUGCACGGCACUCUAUGAUUUUGAGCCUGAAAAUCCUGGUGAACUUGGAUUUAAGGAAAAUGACACAAUUACAUUAAUCCAAAGGAUCGAUGACAAUUGGUUUGAAGGAAGUGUAAAUGGUCGUACAGGAUUUUUCCCUGUGUCAUAUGUUCAGAUUGUUCAGCCAUUGCCAUAA